CGUUCUCUCUCUCUCUCUCUCUCUCUCUCUCCUCUACAAAGUACAAAUCUCUGCAUCUCCUUUGCUCUGCUUUCAGCCUUUCACUCACUCACUCACCCCACACGCUUUUUCUCUCCCUCUGUUUCCGUUCUAAUUUCUCGCUUCAAUUACCCAAAGAAUCCCCAAUUUCAAAACCCUAAUUUUCCCUGUGGAGAUUAAAGUUCGCUUCUUGCGAUCACUAUAUACCUAUACGUUCCCUCUGCUUUCUUGGUCCGUUUUCUGACCAAGAAAAGAGACGCUGAAAACCUUCAUUCUUUUCGUGGAGAUAAAAGCCCUGUUGGUUUCAGGGUUAGGGUUUGAGAAAAUGUCGACCCAGAAUCGGCGUUCGUCAGUUACUACUACGUCUUCGCUGGCGAAGAGGCAGGCGGAGAAUCUUGGGAAGGCCGCGGCGGGGGGCCCGCCGUACAUGGCGAAGAAGAGGCCGGCCCUCGCCAACGUCACGAAUCAGCGGCAAGGGCCGCAGAACGGGCCGCGGAGCUUGGUUUCAGGGUCGUCGAAUAUGGUACCAUGUGCGACUAAAAUUGCCAAUGCAAAGAAGAUAUCCUCAACUUGCAUUAGUAAUGCAGGCUUCCCCAGGAGUACCUUGCCAGCGCCCUUGAAUGUGAAACCAAGUGUAGCUGUUUCCAGCAAGAGCGCACCUUUCAUAAAUUACGAUGAUUUUUCUAGGAUUCCUUCUCCUGCUGCCCCAUGCAGCGUGGAUAUUUCUUCACCUCACUCACAUGAAUCUUCAGUUUCUAUGGAUGAAUCUAUGUCCACUUGUGAUUCUUUGAAGAGUCCAGAAUUCGAAUAUGUAGACAACAUUGAGAUGACGGCAGUUGAUUCUAUUGAGAGGAGGACAAGUACCAAACUUUACAUUUCAGAGCACGUGGAAGCAGCAGAAACUAUCUGCAAGAGAGACAUACUUGCACAGGUGGGAAUAGAUGACGAGGUUGUUGAUGUGGAUGACAAUUUCAUGGACCCACAACUGUGUGCAACUAUGGCUUGCGACAUUUACAAACACUUGAGAGCAACUGAGGCAAAGAAAAGGCCUUCCACGGAUUUUAUGGAGAGAGUCCAGAAAGACAUUAAUGCUAGCAUGCGUGCAAUCCUCGUUGAUUGGCUUGUUGAGGUUGCUGAAGAAUACAGGCUUGUCCCUGAUACUCUGUACUUGACUAUUAACUACCUAGAUCGGUAUCUUUCUGGAAAUACAAUGGACAGACAACGGCUACAGUUGCUUGGUGUUGCAUGCAUGAUGAUUGCUGCAAAAUACGAGGAGAUAUGUGCACCCCAGGUUGAAGAGUUCUGCUACAUAACUGAUAACACAUACUUCAAGGAGGAGGUUUUGCAAAUGGAAUCCGCUGUUCUAAACUAUAUGAAGUUUGAAAUGACAGCACCAACGGCUAAAUGCUUUCUAAGGCGAUUCGUUCGUGCUGCACAAGGGGUCAACGAGGCACCGUCGAUGCAGCUGGAGUGCUUGGCCAACUAUAUUGCAGAGCUAUCCCUUCUUGAGUACAACAUGCUUUGUUAUGCCCCCUCGGUCAUUGCUGCUUCGGCAAUUUUCUUGGCCAAAUAUAUGCUCAUCCCUUCAAAGAGACCAUGGAAUUCUACCUUGCGGCAUUACACACUUUACCAGCCCAGUGAUUUAUCCGACUGCGUGAAGGCGCUGCAUAGCCUAUGCUGUAACAGCCAAAGUUCUAGUUUACCGGCAAUCAGGGAGAAAUAUAGUCAACAUAAGUAUAAAUUGGUUGCACAGAAAUACUGCCCGCCGGCUAUACCAUCCGAGUAUUUCCAGAACCUAAGCUGACAAAAGUCGCAUAACAGCUACAAACAACACAAGACCAGAUGGACUUAAUCUGAUGUUCCAACGGUCAAGUUGGAUCUCAUUCGAUUUUCAAUUUUCUCUCCUUUAUCCAUGCUCGAUGCUUUGUAUUGGAAUUAUGUUUCACUUGGCCUAGGGACCUCAACUGUGUCUCAUUCCUCGGCUUUAUUGACCGUGAACUUGUUUAGAUGAGAAAUCUUGUACCAUGUUGAUAUCAGAAUUUUUAGUGUUCAAUGCAUUUUCAGUUUAGUGUUCCUUA